AAAUUAUAUUUUUGAACAUCUCCAAUUUAAUGUAUCGAAAAAAACCAACCCAAAAUGUUUCCUCCUACUACUGAAAUAUCUUUUCGCCCAUCGCCGCCACCCGAACCAGACCUUGAAAUCUGUAGAUUACGGCAAAUUAAAUCGAGAAAGGACGGAGUGGAGGAGGAGAGAAAGCAUCUUGGAGACAGUCAGGAGAUUCUGCAAUUUACCUUAAUUUUCCUGAUUUUCUCCUAAUCUUCUGACGAUUUCCUUCCCUUCACCAUUUUCUUUAAUUUUGCUUUUCUUCUAUUCUUUCUUGCAGGAUUUGUUGUUUUUAUCUUCAUAUUCUGCUCCUGCCACUCUGUCGGUAGUGAAACUAGAACAUUUGAGUUUGGGAGGACAUUUGGUCGGAACCAAAGGAAAGCUCCAGUCUACAAUAGUUUGGCUGCCUGGGCUUAUCAACAAGGGUGCAAAGUAUAAAUGCUGAACGUUCAUUGUUUUCUUCUUGCAUUGGUAUGGUUGUAGUUUAAUAAAUCAGAAGGAAGGUGGGGAAAUGCUAGUUAGACUAGAGUUAUACCCUUUGUCAUAGUGGGGAACACUGCAAGACAUGUAAAAGGUUCCAAACACCCACUUUCCCCAACUCCCAAUAAUCUGUCCCUUUCCUUUUUUACUUUAAAGCGUAGACUAAAACUAAGUCGAAUGCCUUUUGCCUGUGCAGCAGGACCAAAUUGCUGAAGCAUAUUUUGUAAAGGUCGGCUAUUGCACUCUGCUGAAUGAUGCAUCAUUGCCCCGUUGAUAACAACCAUGAUCCGCAUUCAUUGACUUUAUUGGGUACAUAAUAGCUACACACUAUGCAAUUAAAUGUAAUAUCUAUUGCGUUAAUUCUGAUGCCGUGUAUUCUGCAACAUUACCUAGCAGUUCCUAUUAAUACAGAAUUUCAAAUUAU